AUGACCUCCAAGGAUCACAACAAACAUCUUCCAACCCUUGCUCCAGGGCCAGGUGGUGUUAUCCCGUCUAAAUCGAAAAGGCUUCUCCCGGGCCCCAAAAAGAGUUCUGUGGCUUGUUUGCAAUGUAAACAAGCGAAAAGAAAGUGCAGUGGAGGCACGGCACCUUGCAUAGCAUGUGAAAGUGCCCAUGUCGAGUGUGUAUUCGAUGAGUCCCUCGAUCGAAGGCGCAAGGUCAGUGCGAAGCGUACAAAAGAUGAAUUGGAACACUAUCGAGGGCUGUUAUAUUCUUUGUUAGAGUCUCUUCGCUCUUCGGAGACGGGUAAAUUCAACGAGGUCGUCAGCUUGAUACGAAGCAAUUCGCCCUUGGACAGGAUCGCCAGCAUCAUUUCAGCAACAACUAUCGGUUUUGGAGAAAAAAGUCCAGCAGAAUCCCCGAGAACCACAAGCCCAGAUCCCCCCCGGCAAUCGAGUCUGCUGGAGGCCCAACCUGCUGAUUAUGGCUCACGAGUAUCAUUGGAAAAGCUGUGCGAUAUACCUUUGUUCCAAAUACGGGCGAAGCCUUGGACGAGUGUCACUGAGGAUGAUCAUCUCGUCUCACAUUUGGUUUCUUUGUACUUCACGUGGGUACAUCCAUUCUUGCUGCUGUUCGAUCAGAAGAUCGUCCUGGAUCGUAUGGCUGCAGGAAGCUCUAGCCCAGAGGUUUGCACUCGAUUUCUGGUCAAUAGCAUCCUAGCAGUGGCAAGUGCAUACUCUGACUACACAGAGGUUUUAACCAUCCCCGGCGAUAUAAAUUCUCGUGGUCGACUCUUUUAUAUGGAGGCAGAAAAACUUUGGAGAUCCGAAGAGGGUAGAGCCACGUUGCCGAAUAUUCAGGGCGUGGCUCUCAUGGCCCAUUUCUUGAAAUGUCAGGGCAAGAGUCGACCUGCCUGGUUGAUGUUGAAGCAGGGCGUCCAGCUUGCCCAGGAUUUUGGAUUGUUCCAAUCCCCAAAAGCAUUUCGCCCCCCUUGGAAGGAGAUGUCUGAAGACAUACAGCAUGUCUCUGCAGUCACAGCUUGGGGCGUCUUCAUCUUGAACUUGCAGGUAUCCAUGGAACUUCAAACAAUUGCGAACCUAGCCCUCCCCAUUUUGAAGCCUUUUGAAAGGGAGUCUGCUGAUCGUGAUAUCUGGUGGACUCCGUAUCCUCGCUCAAACCAGGUGGAUUAUGCCAAGAAGCCCGCCCUUUUCGGUUAUAUUAUGACUGAGAUUGCCAAACUGACUGAGGUUAUCGUGGAUAUCCAGGGUUUGCUGUUUGACAAGGCGUUCUAUAUAAGCAUUGAUGGUCUCUGGACAAUGGCGAAUGAGCUGCACCAUCGUCUGCAGUUAUGGCUUAAGAGCCUGUCAGAUGUUCUGAACAUCGACGACCAGCCACUCCCACAAGUGAUAUUUCUGCGUAUCAAAUGCCACCAGACAAUCAUGUCACUGUUUGCUCCCUUUUCGUACCACGCAAACUUUCGGCAAGCUGGACGUAUACAGCUUCAAUCUGCAAGGGAAAUAGCACAAUAUAUCCUCAUUCAAUGUCAAUGCUAUGGCCUAAAACAGAGCCCAAGCCACUUUAUUGAAGCUACUAACAGUAGUAUUCUUGUGCUGCUAUGGAAUUUGGACGAUGACGGGUGUAGAGAUACAUUCGUUCAGCUCUGUCGAGUCAUGGUGGCUUUCAGCAAAAGAUUUAAAUCAGCCAAGGUAAUGAUUGAUGGAAUUCACCCGAUCAUCGAAAAUUCGCAAAUUGUGUUACCACCCGAGGCUCUAGGUAUUCUGGACUACGUAGAGUCUGGGGAAUCACCUGAGCCGUGA